UUCGUGAUUGCAUAAAGGCGUUACCGAAAUAACAUGUUGUUAUCAGAGUACACCUGACAACCAAAAACGUCAUUUCCAAAGCAAUGUUUAUUUUUGUUUUGCUCAGGAAUUCAUAAUUAUCUAGGAUUCGGCACCAAUUUAAUGACAUAGCAACAUAAUCAAUUGUUAAUCGGAAUCCAAUUUGAAACACAGUUCUACCAUGGCUCACGCAUAUAGUGCCAGCGGCGAUCAGUCCACUAAAAUUGGUCUCAAUCAAGGUGGCCCCCAUGGUUUAGGCGAUCCCAACGAUAAACGUCUGCGAAAGGUGGAAAUCGACGUACUGAUUCCUAAAAUUAUGCGGGAUCGAGCCAAAACAGAGAAGUGCAUACCCGAAGUUAAGGAAUUUGAAGACUGCUGCAAGGGCUCCGGCAUCCUUAUGGCCGUUAAGUGCCAGAAGCAAAACGAAGCGCUCAAAAAGUGCUCGAUGCGGUGGUAUGAAGACGAAACAUUCAAAGCCGAAUGCCGGGAGAUGUAUCUCCAAGAACGAAGCGAAUACAGGCGAACGGGGAUACCGAAGAAAUUUCGGAUCAUGAACAUGGAUCAGACUUCCCAAUAGGGACUGUUAUGCGGUAUCUUAUUAUUUUGUAACAAAAGUUUAUAAUUUAAAGGAACAUUGUGAAUUUUAUUCUACUUACAAUCUUUUUUAUUACGAGAAGCCGUUGGAUUAUGAUGUUUUGGAAAUGUUUCACUCACUUUGAAUUCUGUUAACCGAUCCAUACACGUAACAUAGUCAGCAGGAUCUAAACUGGUCGGAUAAUGAACUUCUAGAAUCAGAAGAUCCUUGGCAGUGGUUUCGGCAAUUCUAUUGAACGCUUGGAAAUCGUGAUUGUCCAUGUAAUGAAUGUUCCCUAGCCGUUCAUUGUCCCGAUAAGGUUGCACCAAUACGACAUAGGAAGCAUGAAAAAACUGAGGUCCUUUAUGAUAGAUAACUGUGAGUGCGUGAAAUAUAUUUGUCAAUAAAAUUAUUUAUUUGUAAAAAUACAAGACUUACGAAAAUCACCUCCAAA